GUCUCUUCCGGCACCCGACCGUCGGCAAUCACCCACACUCGCCAAGUCUCCAACAACUCCCAGUACCGAGGCCUUAUACCAUGGCAAACCAAAUAACAGAGGCUACCUUGAAGACGGUCCUCACCGAGCGUCUGCAAGCGAUCCACGUCGAGAUCACAGACAUGUCCGGCGGCUGCGGUCAGGCCUUCACCUCCACAAUCGUCUCCCCCGUAUUCGAGAAGCAAACCUCCCUCAAGCGCCACCGCCUCGUCAACGCCGCUCUCAAGGACGAGAUCGCCCAGAUCCACGCGUGGAGCGCAAAGUGUCAGACCCCUGCUGAGUGGGAGCGCGAUAGAGCUGCCGCCGGCGGCACCACCGAGGGGCCCCCGAUGGACGGGACCAUCGGCGGGAGAGUCGAAGGCGUUGCUCAGUAGACGGGGAAAAGCUAGGAAAAGCAGCGGGAUUGCCGAAGAUCCAUCACACGUGCAGAAGAUGGAGGGUACCUGUGCCUUGAUGACUGAUUGAACAUGUGACACGAGGCAGGAGAACGUUGGAUUCAAAUUCAAUCAAGGAUACGAGGCAUAUCGGAGGACGGCGCGAUAGGUGUUUGGAAGAGCCACCAUUUUUC